CGGCCUUGCUGCCGGGUGCCGCAGGAGCACUGGCGGGGCACAACAGGGGCUCGAGGGGUGUGUGGGCGCCACAGGGUGCCCCGGGGCUGAGGCAGGGGCCAUGUCGACACUGGCCCCCCUGCGUCUGCUGCGUGAGCCCUGGAACGCCAGCGAGGGCAACCAGAGCAACACCACAGUCGGAGCCAGCAGCGGUUGGUGCCAGGGGCUGGACAUUCCCAAUGAGCUGUUUCUGGCACUUGGGCUGGUGAGCCUGGUGGAGAACCUGCUGGUAGUGGCCGCCAUCCUGAAGAACAGAAACCUGCACUCACCCACCUACUACUUCAUCUGCUGCCUGGCGGUGUCUGACAUGCUGGUGAGCAUCAGCAACCUGGCAGAGAUGCUCUUCAUGCUGCUGCUGGAGCACGGGGUGCUGGUGAUGCGCCCCAGCAUUGUCCGCCACAUGGACAACGUCAUCGACAUGCUCAUCUGCAGCUCUGUUGUGUCCUCCCUCUCCUUCCUGGGGGUCAUCGCAGUCGACCGCUACAUCACCAUCUUCUAUGCCCUGCGCUACCACAGCAUCAUGACGCUGCAGAGGGCCGUGGUGACCAUGGCCAGCAUCUGGCUGGCCAGCACCGUCUCCAGCACCGUCCUCAUCACCUACUACCACAGCAACACCAUCCUCCUCUGCCUUAUCAGCUUCUUCCUCUUCAUGCUGAUCCUCAUGCUGGUGCUCUACAUACACAUGUUUGCCCUGGCCCGCCACCACCUCCACAGCAUCUCCAGCCAGCAGAAGCCUCCCACUGCCCACCACGGUGGCAGCCUGAAGGGCGCUGUCACCCUCACCAUCCUCCUGGGGGUCUUCUUCAUCUGCUGGGGGCCCUUCUUCUUCCACCUCAUCCUUAUUGUCAUCUGCCCCACCAACCCCUUCUGCACCUGCUUCUUCAGUUACUUCAACCUCUUUCUCAUCCUCAUCAUCUGUAACUCGGUGAUUGAUCCCCUCAUCUAUGCCUUCCGGAGCCAAGAGCUCCGACGGACGCUGCGGGAGGUGGUGACGUGCUCCUGGUAGGCAG